ACUGAGAUUGUUAUUUCUAAAGCAGGAAUACCUUUGAACACGAUAUUCCUUUCGAAAGUAGCUUUGUGAACACUUUUCUCACCUCUCUUGGCAUUCCCCUCGAAUGGAAAAUACAAGUUAAGUCUUGUUUCACUAACACUGGUUUUACAACUGCUUCGAAUACCCCUCUAUCACUUUGUAUUAGACCAAGAUAUGGCAAUCCGUCACUUCUUCAAGCGUCAGUUGGUUGUAGUCAUGUAGAAAAACAGUUGUUCUUUCUCCCCAUUCACCAAGACUUUUGUUGUUCUACUGACUGUUUAAGUAAAUACUUUAACAGUCCUUUUGCUCCAUGCUUCAUUUCCACUGUAACGCACCUGCUCUUUGAUCUGUGUUGCUCUUAAAUAUUCUACAAGAAUUUACUCGAGUGCCAACAACAUCUUCGCAAAACUCAUUUGAAGUCUUGCCCUUACGGAGCCUUAUCUCCUAUGAUAAUAUUUAACAUGUUUCAGAAAAAUGAAUUCUUGUCUGUCAGUUUUGAGAAGAUGUAGAUCUUUAACUGUGAAGAUUUAAUCUAUACAUGAGACAUCUAACAAAAGCCCUCCGAUGAAAUACUAAUUGGACGGGUUCAAAGUGAAAAACCAUUAAUUAAAUUAAGCUGUAAAACUUUAUUGUCAAUGCUUACAACCUACUCAAUGUUCUAACUUUAAAAUCUAAAGAAAUGAAAAAGCUAUUCGCUCGAACUCCAGACAGACAACUACAUAUAUUUAAUAUCUUCAUAUUCUCUUCUUUUAAGUAGGGCUGUCUUCUAACACAAGCUGGUUUUCAAGAGGCCUUGCGAUAGAAAUAUUCAUUGCAAGGGCAAAGACUGUAAAAAAUCUUAUUAUCCAAGACCUUCAAUAACAGAAUCCCUUUGAGGUGUCAAAGCUGCUGUUUGUUAUCAUACUGACGGCCCGUUUAUUGAUAUUUAAGCAACUACCCACAACAUCUUAUAAUCUUCUUCUCAAAAAUAUUUCUUCAGGCAACUUCACUUCUCUGGAAAAAGAUUCCUACACUCUUUGUCCUUAUCUUCUCUCUCAAUGCUGUAUCGACUUGCAAUAACUUAUUGAGAAGUUUCAUUGUCUUUAUUACAAAUAACCAACUUCCUAAAAAAACCAUAUCUCCCUUUUUCUCCUUGUAAAUUUCCAUUUUUCUGGAAAAGCAUUCGUUCAAGCAUGUUCAGAAAAACAGUUUUCACUCUUGCCAUCUUGGAAAUUAGAAGUUUCUGAUUCUACUCAUCGUAAUUCUGGCUACUUUGCCUUGAAGCACCGUACCGCUUGUGUUUUUCAAGGCAUCGUCUCGUUAAGUUGUUUCUGGUAAUGUAAUGUUCAUUCAAAUUUGCUUUCACUGCAAAUUUCUUAAUUUGCUACACAUCUCUUUUUACUAUGCAAGUUUUCAAUUGUUGCGUCAGCGAUCAUAUCUGAGAUUGUGACGUCAAAUUUAUUGGUUACGCUCUUUGUAUAUAAAAGGCGAUUCAUCGGUUAUUAAAGCAGAAUUUCAGAUCGAUUCAGCAUCUGAGGUAACAUUGGCUGCUGUUAUCUUCGAAAGGAAAGCUAAGUUUUCAUUUUCCAAACCUUUGGAAAUCAUUUAAACAUUCAUUGUAAGAAACGUCUGCCAUCUUGUGGUCGCCAAUCGAAAUCAAGAUGGGAAUUUGUUUUUCCAAAUGCAGUGUUGAAGAUGGUGAGUUCUUAAAGCUUUUACUUUCCAUGUUUUUGCUGGAAGUUAUUGUUAUCUUUACAAAAGUAUGAUCUUUUUCUAAGCGUUUUCUAAAUUUUUAAGCUUCUUUGAAAUAGCAUCCCAUAAUGCUAAGAAUAUUUUCUUGAAUGUCUUUAUAGAUGUUAUUUUAACAAGGAGCCUAAAUAAAUUGAAACAAAACAAAAUAAAAAGCAAAUUUGACGAUACUAGAAAGUAAGUUAAAUUUGUUUCUAUGUUUGAAAUUGCUUUUUAGAAUACACAGCAAAAUGCACAAAGCGUUCGUUGACAAGAAAUUGGAAGAAUAAGCAAAGACUGAACUCUUCUACAAGGUCAAAGAGAACCAACACAGUUGCAGAUAUCAAGCAUUGUCUCGAUAUUUCCCAACCAUUUGCAACAUCGACACCAAGAGGAUGCCAAACAAAGAUAGUAAGUAAUUAUUUCAAUCCAUUCAUUCCCUUCAAUAUUUUGUUAUUCAAUUGUUUACAUUUUCAUUUCAAUUGUUUGCUUUUUUCGAUCACUUUCUACUAAACUCUUUUCUCAAUACUUUCUCGAUGAAGUAGAGUUUGUCAUUGAUUCUUAUAAUGCACACAUCCUGGUAAUUGAAUCCUUAUACUAAAUGAAGAAGCAGACGCAAACUGAAUUGAUUCUGAUUAUGAUUUUCAUUCUUUUUUCAGGUGCCGAAAAGCUACAACAUAUUUUCAGCCACCAAUACUGUAACAUCCGAUUCACUGGUCCACGACGUAACCAUGAUCAACCAAGGACAAAUUGAUAAAAAUUCUUAUGAAUUCGAAUCUGCCUCUGAUUUUUUCCCAGAUCCAGAAUCAGAUUUGACGAUUGUCUCUGUAGUAUCAUAUUUCGAAUCAGAUUGCCCUUCCAUCGAUUUUUCUGAUGUAGAAUCCGAUUGUGGAUCAGUUUCAUCGUGGGGAUCAAGUUUCGAGUCAAUCGCAAUAUCGGAUUUGGAUUAUAACGACAAAUGCGAAACAAACUCAGAAUUUGAAGAUGAAAAAGAGACUGAUCUCGACUUGACGAUUGUAACACAGAUGGAAUUUGAAGACUCGUUUUCAGUAAUGGGUUCGAGGCUAUCGUCAUUCAGAGAAGAAUUUGAUUAUCUAUCAGAGGUAGAAAUCGAGGACGAGAUGCGAUCAAGAAUUGGGGAUGAUUAUGAGGGACAGUACGUCGUUGAUGAAAUGGAUGAAUCGAAGAGCAAAUUUGAACUGAAGCAAAAGCCGGCACGACAGAGGUACAAGAUGGUUGCACAAGCUGUUGUUGGAUUCUUCAGAUCAGCGUGGAUCAAAAGUCGACGAGCCUUCAAGUUGAAGCUUUGAGCGCCUUGAAAUCCAGAAACAAAACGUUACUUAAAAACUGUUAAAACGAAAUACAUGUUUAUGACACCAGAAACAUCAACCUUUUGGGUUUCUCUCAUGCAAAGAAAAGGUGUGAUGGAAAACAGUUUUUAAAAUUUCUGUAGUUGAUUUUGGACGGCUUUAUAAUUGUAAAUUAAAAUAUGUGUGGAUGAGUGCAAGUGAUAUCUGAAAUUUGUUGGAUUUUAUUUGUGUCUUUCUGUCACCAUGUUUAGAUAUUCUUUACAAUUCAUGACUUAUUAUCAACUCAAUUAAUUACUAUUUCUGAUGUUCAAGAAGGAUAAGGAUAUCAUUUUAAUAUUAGUCAUACAAUAACAGAUAAAACCUUAUGGUCUUUUUAUGGAGAAAAACAGGAUGGGCAAUAUGAGCCUGUCAAUGCCCCCUCCCCCCCCCCGGAUUAUGACUUAUAUCCUAAGCUCUGCGUUUACAUGGAGCAAGAGUUUGUGGUAUGAACACGAGAUCCAUGUCCCAGAACGUUCGAUUCCAUUUCUAAAUCUUUUUCAACUUAACAGUGAAAGCUAUUUCAGAUCGCUAACACGAUCGCUAAGCAAAGUAAAAAUAGAAAAUUGAU